AUGUCUUCGAGUUAUUCUUCGUCCGAAGAGUCAAGCGUGCAGAACCUCGCUCACACGCAGUCCAUGCGUCGCGGACAGCGGAUGCGUCUGUGGCCUCCUAUCACCGACAUGGAGGAUGAGGCCGAGGAUCAGACCGGCAGUGAGAGCGCCGGGCCCGGAGCCUCUGAGGCUGAGGACGAGGACGCGACCAUGUCCCUGGCCGAGACUAUGUCUCUGGAUGAGACUGUGUCGAUGAACGAGAGCUCCGAACCAGUCCGCAGUGGCAGGCACAGCAACAGCUCCAGCGACACCGAGGCGUGCAAGCGUGGCCCCCCAAAGCCCCUCCAAACUAACCCCCUAGAAGACAACGCCCACAUCCUCCCCAACACCCCCUUCCGCCACAGCACAACCUACACCCACCUCGGCCGCCCCGAAGUAGUCCCGGGCGCCACCACCUCCGCAACCCCAUACCCAGCCCCAGCACCCGCUCCCGCCCCCCGCCGCCGCAAGAAGAAGACCGUGGCCGCGUCCAAGACGCCCCGCGAGACGAUCGUGCGCCGCCGACCCCACGACUCGAGCUCGGACUCCGACCUCGGCCGCCCGGUGAUCCGCAGCUUCUUCAGCGCGUACGCGCCCCGACGCCGCGCCGACAGCAACACGCCCGCACGGCCCAUGGCCCGCCGCGCCGCCUACCUCGACAUCGCCGCCGUGCACCCCCACCUGUUCGCCGUCGAGCCGCUGCGCGAGGACCCCGAUCGCGCGUACGAUGCCGAUCGGUCGGAUAAUUCGUCGGAUCGGGAGGAGUUUAGCGAUUGGUCGGAUAUGGAGGAUGCCACUCACACUCACACUCACACUCACACUCACACUCACACUCACACUGCCGGUGAUAUUGCCGCUGGCGGUGCUGGCAAUACCGCUAAGGCAAAGAAGUGAGGUGGUGCAGGGGGGAGUCGGUCCUUGGCCUUGACCUUGACCUUGACCUUGGGAAGCUAGAUCUUGCUUACCUUACCUGGUGUGUGUGUACGCUGCGCCGCCGUUGCAUAUCGGUUCAGGGCUUGGACUCGCCUGUCUU